CUGGCUGGAUGCCAUCACAAUGGCCAUGUUGUCAAUCAAGAUCACACCAAGGCUGCUGAGCUGUACCGCAAUCUUGCAGAUCGUGGAAUCCCUCAAGCUCACGUCGUUCUUGGUCGUCGCUAUGAGGGCGGCGAAGGUGUCGAUCGAUCCUUUGCCUCGGCCAUCGAGUGGUAUGCCAAGGCCGCAGACCAAGGCAGUGAAGAAGGUCGACUCCAUAUUAACUGGAUCGGAGAGUGCUACUACUAUGGUAAUGGAGUAUUUAGGAACUACACCAAGGCAUUCGAGUGGCUCCGCAAGUCGGCCGAGGAGGGCAAUCGAUACGGCCAGCGCAAUCUCGGCAACUGCUACCGAUUAGGAGUUGGUGUCUCCCAGAACAUCGACACUGCCGUCUUUUGGUACCGCAAGUCCACCGACCAGGGUCUCGAUGGUGCCAUCAACCACCUCAGGAAUCUUGGCGAGUGGCCCUGA